AUGGACACUCUCAACGACCCUCCUACCCAAUGGCCAUGGCUUGAGAUUUCGAUAUUUGUUUUGUCGGUCGUUUUUGUCUUCGCUGCCAUCAAGAUUAUAGUCCUCGACGAUGACGAGGAAAGACUCGUUAAAUUGGUAGUCCCCGUGCCUGAGCAAUGUUCUCCGGAGUGGAAAGGCGAAGUUCUAGAAGAGCCUACGAUCAAGGUACCACCCUCUUCAACACCGUUGUACGUAAGCCAACAAGAGUCACAGAUAUCGGGAUCGAGCGCCAUACGAUGCUAUUGUCCAGCCAACGGCCGACUACUCGGGCUUGUGAACCCUUCCACGCCUGAUGGAAUUGACAGAGCGAUAGCCAAAGCCAAGGAAGCUCAAACAGAAUGGGCGAGAACAACGUUCAAGCAACGACGGAGGGUACUCAAGACGAUGCUGAAAUACAUCCUCGACAAUCAAGAUACCAUAGCUACGGCAGCUUGUCUAGACUCCGGGAAGACCAAGGUCGAUGCAUCUCUUGGGGAGAUUUUGGUCACCGUGGAAAAGCUGAAGUGGACUAUACAGCAUGGAGAGAAGUCAUUGAGGCCGGAGAGGAGACCUACGAACUUCCUCAUGAUGUACAAGUAUAAUGAGGUCAAAUGGGAGCCCUUAGGAGUCAUCGCUGCCUGUGUUAGCUGGAACUAUCCUUUCCACAACUUCAUGGGUCCCUUGAUAUCCACUCUUUUCACAGGCUCUGCCCUCGUCGUCAAAGCCUCCGAGUCUACUGCGUGGUCGACUCAGUAUUUCGGGACUAUUGCCCGUGCAGCCCUGGUCUCUUGCGGUCAUUCUGCCAAUUUAGUCCAGCCCGUGCUUUGCUGGCCGCAGACGGCGUCCCAUCUCACGUCUCAUCCGGGCAUUAGUCAUGUAACUUUCAUCGGCUCUCGCCCUAUCGCCCACCAUGUUGCCCUCUCCGCCGCCCGCUCCCUUACUCCUCUCUGCCUUGAACUUGGCGGCAAAGAUCCUGCCAUACUCCUCGAUGAUGUGAAGAAUCUUGAAAAGGUGGCUAGCAUACUCAUGCGAGGUACUUUUCAAUCAGCUGGGCAGAACUGCAUUGGCAUUGAGCGUAUUAUCUGCCUCCACAGAAUCUGGCCCCGAAUUGUGACGAUCCUCGAAUCUCGGAUCAGGGCUUUGCGGGUAGGCUCUGCCCUCGACGACCCCAAUGAUGUGGAUGUUGGAGCCAUGGUUUCGGAUUCUCGCUUCGGGCACUUGGAGAAGCUUGUGACUGACGCCGUCAACCAAGGAGCAAGAUGUCUCGUUGGUGGCAAAAGAUUCGUGCAUCAUCGAUAUCCGAAAGGCCACUACUUCCAGCCUACAUUGCUUGUCGAUGUCACAACUUCUAUGCGUAUAGCGACCGAAGAACUUUUCGCACCUAUCUGCGUUAUCAUGCGGGCUGCUUCACUGGAUGAGGCGAUCGGCAUGGCAAACUCCACUCCUUACGCCCUCGGCGCUAGUGUUUUUGGAACAGCUACCAAGGAUUUGGAGAGAGCGGCAAAGGAGAUCAAUGCGGGCAUGAUCAGCAUCAACGAUUUCGCGGUCUACUACGCAGUCUCCCUGCCUUUUGGCGGCGUCAGAGGUAGUGGCUACGGAAGAUUUGGUGGAGAGGAAGGAUUGAGAUCAAUCAGCAAUACAAAAGCUGUCUGUCGAGAUAGAUUUCCGGGAUUGAUCAGCACUUCAAUUCCGCCAGCGUUGGACUAUCCAAUCGAAGGGGCGCGAAGGGCUUGGGAGGUGUGCAGAGGCGUUGUUGAGCUAGGAUAUGGGAUCGAGAUGUUGAGGAGGGCUGGAGGGCUAUGGAGGAUUGUAAAGAAUGGAUAG